AGAUUUGAGCUCAAAGAGCAAGAUCAGAUCGCAGAUAUCUCACUUUCAAUUUCCGCUUGCUGUGCCAUGCGGAGUUGGCUAUUGGGCGCUUUGCUGCCUAUCCAAGUGGCUUCAUUGUGCCUGGUGAAUGGCACCGCGCCUGCUGAGCGAAAGAAUCUGGUGAACCCCAAUGGCGAGACCUAUCCAGUGGGAAUUUGGGUCAACAAUUGGGCGGCUGGAUGGGCGACCUCUCACUUGGUGAAUACCCUCGUCCAGGAGAUGCUGGGCUACAACGCAGAGCUGAAAGGUCCUGGGGGCGGGACGGUCCAUGGCUAUCGCGCCAUCGCCGGCUGUUCUCGACCAACCGACGCUGUGGAUCCCGGCUGCGAAACGCAGGUUUCCUACGUUCACUUGAGCACAGAGAUGUGGGCAGGCUAUCCUACAGAUUGGGACACUCUCCAGAAGAACAAGGCCAUGGCUCCUAAGCGGUUGACCUCAAUGGGCUACACAGGGAAGGUGUCUCAAUAUGUGGGCAAGGACCGGCAAGCAGAAGCAGCUCAGACGCAGGGGUUGCCUUUGGAGUUCUACGCCUCCUACGAUGUCGACUGGUGGAAACCCUGGAACUACUUUGACCAGCUCUCGGCAGUUGACACAUCCCUCCUCAAGCGCUGCAAUGAGACACAGUUUUCUUCGGAUGUCCAAAUGCGGGCCACUUUGGCAUGGACGGGCGACACAGGAGGAAUCCAGAUUGUCAAUGGCAAGGCCAUUGGCGUAUGUCCUGAUGAGUACACUUGGCGUGCGCCCGCUUGUCGCAGUAACAGUUCUACGUGCAUCCUUUUCUUCACCGGCGGCAAUGGCUGGAGCGUGGAUGUCAUCAUGCAGCAAGCCAUUGCUUGGAAUAUGCCCACUGCCAUUGCGGUGGCCAAAGAUUGGAGUUCCUUCUCAGCGUUGCCAUUGGCAGUGAAAUCGACUUUCUAUUGGUGGGUUCCGGAUCCCACUUUCUUGGAUUUGGCUCCAGUCGAGAUCAUUUUCCCCGCGUAUGACCGGAAUGCUUAUGCUGCUGGAGAUUUCCGAACCGCGCCGUCAGAGUUGGAAAUUACCAAAGGAACGAGCAAGGACCUGUUCACCCUGGCACCCAGAGUAGAGAAUUUCUUGGUGAACAUGGAGAUUGACAUGACUACUCUCAACAGUAUUCUCCUCGAACAGAAGACGACCGGAGAUUCGUGGGAGAAUGUGACUUGCAAGUGGCUUCAGAACAAUGAAGCCACUUGGAGCUCGUGGCUGCCAGAUGACACCACUUGUUUCGCAGGCUUUGGGCUGGUUGACAUUGAGACUGGCGAGUUCGUGAUGGAUCGGGCCAUCAAAGAGGGCAAGAGGUGCCAGGCAUGCCCCAGUGGCACCUUUUCCAAACAACUUGUGGACAACAUGGGCGUGACUUACAUUUGCGAGCAGUGUCCUGUGGGCACCAGCCAAGCGUCUGGAGCCUCGUUGAAGUGUGAUCCUUGUGACAAGGGCUCGUACCAAGACGAGCUGGGGAGUCAAAGCUGCAAACGAUGUCCCCUCAACAGCUAUAAUGAUCAAGAGGGUGCGGCUCAAUGCACAGUGUGCCCCAGCGGGAGUGGCACCUUGGGCCUGGGAUCCUCCAUCUUCACAGAUUGUGGAUGUGUGGAGGGCCGUAUUGAUGUCUCCACCACAGAAGGCAUGUUAAAUUGUGUGGAAUGCAGUACCGGCUUGUCUUGCCCUGCAAUGUCUUUCUUGGAGAGCUACAAGACUGGAACGCAUCCUCUGGGCGAGAAGUAUGUUGCAUCGGUGGAAGCUGGCUACUACACCACAGCACUGCAGCCUUUGGAGGUCUACAAGUGUGGGAAAAUUUUCCACUGUCCCGGCGGUUUGCCGGAGACAUGCGCGGGCGGUCGUGACGGAGUGCCAUGUGCUGAGUGCCCACAAGGUGAGACAUGGUCGGAGAAUCAGUGCAUGGGCUGUGAGGUAUGGAGGCAGGUGCUUUGGGCUGUGAGCAUUGUCGGCAUCUUCAUCUUCCUGACAGUGUCCUACUACUUAAUGACUUCCAAGGUUACAGCGAAGGCUUCUGUGCUUUUCACCACGACCUGUGCCUUCGGAAUGCUGGUGUCCCUCCUUCAGAGUGUGGGCAUCAUUGGCAUGAUGACUGUUGAGUGGCCUGUGGACCUGAAAGGCUUCUUCUCCUACUUUCAGGUCCUUUUGCUGGACCUGGACAGCUUUGGCUUCGCAUGCUUCGCUGGUGCUGAGACCAGCUUCCGCUACACCGUCAGUGUGUGCUUCUUCCCUGCAGCCGUUGCCUGGCUCUUCCUGAACUUCUUGGUCAGCAAGGUCCUGCCGACCAAAUGGAACUGGGACUGGACAAAGGUCUCCAGUUGCGCGGGGCAGGUACUCCAGGUGGGUUUCUCGACUAUGUCAACGAUCGCUCUUGCACCAUUGAUGUGCUACACGCAUCCCAAUGGGCAGCAGAGCAUCCUAAAGUACCCCAAUGUGAUCUGUGGUGAGUUGGAACACACUGUAAUGUUGAUCGCUGGAGUGCUUCUCUUGGUGUUUGGGGUCUUUGGCUUUCUUUCGCUGUGCACCUAUGCAGCUCUGCGUGUCCCGCACUGGAGCGCCAAAGAGCAGCAUGCCCGUGUCCGCGUCUUCCGCUUCUUGGUCUUCCGAUUUCGCUUGGAUUCCUGGUGGUUUGGAGUGCCACUUCUGACCAGAGGACCGUUGAUCUCCUUGCCCAUUGUUUUGGCCACAGACUACCCGCCAAUUCAGACCAUUUGGGUGACCCUCAUCCUUGCAAGCUUCUUGGUGAUCCAGUCGAUGGCAUGGCCCUGGAAGGUGCCCAUGUUGAACGUCUUGGACUGCUGGAUGUCUUACUGUAUUUUGAUCCUCGUUGCUGGCUCGGCCUUAUAUUUGGAACCCAUCUCCAAAGGUGCGACGGAGAGCUUCACGAACGGCUUCUCAACGGUGAUGAUGGUGAUCAUAUUCUCAUCCAUUGGCAUGAUGGUUCUGAUGUCUCUGACUGCCUUGGUCCAUCGUGCAGCCAUGGGCGGCAACAAGGAGUUUGCCGUUUUCAACCUUUCCAGGACUCACAACUCAGAUGUGGUUGCGAAGAAGCUGAAGGACAUGGCUGAAUUGAUGGCGCAGAUGGAAGAAAAGGAAUUGGAGAAAGCCUUGGAUACCUUAGCAGUCUUCGACACCAGGCGCAUUACCAAGUUCAUGACGAUGAUGGCCGCUGAAGUGAUGCCUGGCGGCAAGGACUUCUCCUUCGGGACACGAGUGAGCUCAGCCUCCUUUGGUCAAAAGGCUGCGCCGGCCGCAACGUCUCCGGACACAGCGCCGAGUGCAGCGUGAUCGAUUACGCCCGUGCGGAGCAAAAAGUUCUCGCUAUCUCAGGAGGCACAGGAUGCUGCGCCGACUGAGAGAUAACGCUUGUUGGACUGGGAGGCUUCUUACCUUGAACGGCGCCACAAACCAAUCAUAAGCGCAAAGGAGGAGCCGGACCAAGGGACACUCCCAGUUGUAGCACCUAAUGCGUUCGUUUGGAACGUAGAAUGUGAGCCGAUCUGGUUAUGAAUCAGAUUUGGUUGAGGGUCACAAUUUUUUGAGUAUGCCUGUC